AUACUGGUUAGAUACCUGGUAGCUCUGGGUGCUUUACUCUCUAUCUGCCCCUGCUUCAUGACUGCAGCCAACUCUCUGGCCCCGAUGGCCGAUCCCAAGCACGCAUACUGCAAUGGCAACCACACGGUGCAUGCGAACCACGGCAAAAACGGGCUGUCCACAAGAAACGGGCUGUCAAAGACGAUCCAGCAGAAUGGAACUGCAAAUGGCGGCACCCUCUAUAAGAAGCCCUUUAAUGAAUCCUUUGAAGAAGCGCCAAUGUACGUUGCUGUACUUACCUAUAUAGGCUUCGGAGUGGUCACGUUAUUUGGUUACCUACGAGACUUUAUGAGAUCAUGGGGACUGGAGAAGUGUCAUAUGGCUGAAGAAAGGGAAGAGCAGAAAGAUUUCGUGCCACUUUAUCAAGACUUUGAAAAUUUUUAUACAAGAAACCUCUAUAUGCGAGUACGGGAUAACUGGAACCGCCCCAUCUGUAGUGUGCCUGGUGCCCAAUUUGACCUUAUGGAGCGAUUGACGGAUGAUUACAACUGGACAUACAGGCAUACGGGGAGAGCCAUCAAAGAUGUGAUAAACAUGGGAUCUUAUAACUAUCUUGGCUUUGCAGAGAUUGACGAGGAGUCAUUGGGUACGGUGAAGGACAUGGUAAUUAGUUAUGGAGCAGGAGUAUGCAGCAGCAGACAGGAAAUGGGUCAUUUGGAUAAGCAUGAAGAGCUGGAAGACCUGGUUGCCAAGUUCCUUAAUGUAGAAGCUGCUAUGGUGUUCGGUAUGGGCUUUGCUACCAAUUCUAUGAAUAUCCCAGCCCUGGUUGGCAAGGGUUGCCUUAUUUUAAGUGAUGAAUUGAAUCAUACCUCCUUGGUGCUCGGGGCUAGACUCUCAGGGGCUACCAUUCGCAUUUUCAAGCACAACAAUAUGCAGAACCUGGAAAAGUUACUGAGAGAAGCCGUGAUUAAUGGUCAGCCUCGGACACACAGGGCCUGGAAAAAAAUUCUUAUUCUUGUUGAAGGCAUUUACAGCAUGGAAGGUUCUAUUGUCCGUCUUCCUGAAAUUAUUGCCUUAAAGAAAAAAUACAAAGCCUAUCUUUAUCUGGACGAAGCUCAUAGUAUUGGUGCAGUGGGAGCCACAGGUAGAGGAGUGGUUCAAUACUUUGGACUGGAUCCUACAGAUGUUGAUGUCUUGAUGGGCACAUUCACCAAAAGCUUUGGCUCGGCUGGUGGAUACAUUGCUGGAAAAAAGGAACUUGUGACCUUCUUGAGAUCCCAUUCACACAGUGCAGUUUAUGCGACAUCCAUGUCUCCACCUGUGACCGAACAGAUCAUCAGAGUGAUGAAAUGCAUAAUGGGACGCGAUGGGACGCUGAUUGGAAUGCAGAGAGUGAAUCAACUUGCGGAGAACACCAGAUACUUCAGGAAGCGGUUGCAGGACAUGGGUUUUAUCACUUACGGGAAUGAAGAUUCACCUGUUGUCCCCGUUUUAUUGUACAUGCCUGGAAAAGUAGGGGCUUUUGCAAGACAUAUGUUAGAGAAAAAGAUUGGAGUUGUUGUUGUUGGCUUCCCAGCAACACCCAUCACCGAAGCAAGAGCUAGAUUCUGCAUUUCAGCUGCUCAUACACGAGAGAUGCUGGACAAGGUUCUUGAUGCACUCAAUGAGAUGGGAGACUUUCUACGGCUGAAAUAUUCCAGGCACUCCAAAUCAGAUCGGUUACCGCCGUCUGAUGAAACAGACUAUGAACUUGAUGCCUAAGCUUGGGUUUCUAUAUUUCUACUGAUGUACUGAUGACAUGAACCUUACAAUCCCCCGCUUCAGAGAACAUUACACUUAUGUGUCCUUCAUCACAGAAGACCGAGCAAUAACAUGUACCACUGAAACAAAGGGAUAAACCAAAUAACUUUUUUUAUGGCCGGUUCUAAUGGAGUAAUUCAAGUCCAUUCUACAUAGGGACCAAUUUUAUAUGUUCUUUUCCUUGUUAACAUUGCUUGAUUUGCACACUUUCAAUUUUCGCACUGAAAACUGGAUACUGUGAGGUCAUGUAAGAAUGUAGAGAGAGAAAAAUAUGAAUGCACAUUUUUUAUAUUACAAGGACAGUGAAAUGCUAAACUUGGUGUAAUAUGGUGUGCAUAUAUAUUCUGUAUUGUAAAAAGUUGGUAUUAGUACAUUUUGUUCCUUUGGAGCAUAAAUUCUGUGAAACUCAAGCAAUGCACUGAUAUGAUUGGUGAACAGACUUUGAUUUCAGUAAGUAGACUGACGUGGCAGUCCACUUUUAAGCAAGAACAUAAAGAAGAUGCAGCGUUCCUUCAAGCUCAUUGCUACAUUGUAUAAUAUGUUCUAACAAGAAACCAGAUCCUCCUUUUGAAGCGACAUUUGGUAUAUUUGCUAAUUCCAAAGAUGUUCUACACUGUAGAAGAAAUAUGCAUUUUCAAGUGUGUGUGUGUGUGUUUGUGACAAGAGGGUAAGCAUUUUAUCAAAGCUGCUCACUAUUCCUUGAGAGUAUUUAGGCAAAUUGGCUAAAUUCUGUGUAGCCAGUGCGAGAGUGUUGUCUGCUUCUCUCAUCUUGGAUUAACCCAAAACUUCUAUAUUAUAAUAUUAAUAUGCAGAUAACGUUUAUCCUUUUAUAUAUACAGUUUAUAAAUAAAAUAAAAAUAUGUUUAAAUAUA